UUUAGUACAAUAACAUACCUUCUAUUUCACAAAAAUAAAUUGGGAUGUUUGUUUUUUCAUGAAAUGCCUCCGCUUCGCGUUUAUAAGAUGAUAUUAAGGAGUUAUUUUUAAAAUGAUUUCGAAAACGACGAUCGAAGAAUUGACUGACCGACCCAACGAAUCCGAUCGAAAGGUUUCUACAAAAUGUCACGGCAUUUAUAGAACAAGCAUAGGUGGCUGUGUGUAAAGAAUCCGAAAAGAAGCCCAAGGAAGGUUUAAAAGGUGAAAAAAUUUGAUGAAUUGUAAAGAAAAUACUAAAAAAACAAUGUUAUUGCCAUAUAUGUAAUGAAACUACAUAUUAUACUUUCAUCAUUUUAAUAUUGCUGUGCUCCAAGAUGUCAUCUCAAAUUGGAAUUUCAAAUUGGAACGCAGUCAGCCAACGUUAGAAAUUCGGAACACACUCCUGGCCUGCCGAACCGUCACUAGCUGAGAAGAGAUUGGAUUGACAGACGUCGUCAUUUAUGAAAUGUCAAGCAUUUAUGAAACUUUUAUUUUCACUUAUUUGUAGAAAUAAUCAUAGAUUGGGAAUAUUGACAUUAAAUGUCGUUUCUUUAUUCUAGAGCAACACAGCUGUCCUUAUUCCUAUAAAUAUCAUUACAAAACGACAUUACUAGUCAAAAAAAAUGGAGAAAUUAAAGUUCCAGUUUACAAUACAGGGAUCCGCAGAUGGAAAAACGAAUGAAAUAUGUAUAACAGCAAUUGAAACUCCAGAUGGACGUGUUUUUGAGCUCCCAGAAGAAUUCAAGCAGGUAAAUAAACAUACAUACCUAGCGAAAUGUAAUGUAUUUAUGAAAGUAAAAAAUUCUUUGAAAAAAAGAGGUCAAAAAAGAAAUUUAUGGGUACCAUUAGAUAUUGAAAUGAGAAAGAUAUAUUUAGAUGAUGGUGAGAAUUUACAAUUUGGGGAACAGUAUUUAGAUGAGAAAACACAAUCUGUAGUUGCUACUUAUGAAAAAGAAAUACCAUCAAUAAAAAAUUUAAGCAGAGUAACUGAAAGUUUUUUGAUUGAAAAAUUUUCUAUAAAAAUACCGAAUGCUUGUCAGUGGAUGGAAGACUUUGAGAGAGAGUGCGAACGAUUUGAAAUCAUAGAUGAUGAACAGAAAAUAGAGUCAUUAAAAUACUUACUUGAAAAACAAUGUUUAGAUUGGUACAGUAGCAUGAUAAUUAAAUACACAGUACAAUCAGAUUGGAAAAUUUGGAAAACAAACUUUUGUGAUGCAAAUGAAAAGAAAGGUUGGUCUCAAAUCAAAUACGCAUUCACAUUCAAAUAUCAAAGUGGUUCUCUUAUAGAAUAUGCAACAAAAAAAGAAAGAUUAUUAUUGGAAGUAAAUAAAACAAUCGACAAUGACACAUUAAUAAACCUUAUUGUAUUAGGUUUGCCAGACGACAUAAUGAAUAAACUUGAUAAAUAUUCAUUGAUUUCAACUACUCAUCUAUUUAGUGAGUUGAACAAGAAUGAAUACUUGGUAAACAAGCAAGGUAAAAGACAGAAAGUAUUCUUAGAUUUUAAAGAAAAAGUUGAAGAAAAACAAUACAAAACCAGCCAAAGAUUAUACAAAGAACAAAAACACAUAUGCAGUAUUUGUGAAAAGCUUAAAAAAGGAACACGUUACCACUUAGAAUCAGCAUGUUGGUAUAAGGCAAAAGAUAAUCACAAUGACAAAGAUAGUCAAAUUCAACUUAUCAACAACUCAGAAAUAGAAUGUGAACUACAAAAUGAAAAUCAAAAAAACUGCUAGUGUUGCCAUUAAUAAAAGUAAAAUUAGUACUGAAUAGCAAUUUUGAGAUUUUUGGAAUAUAUGAUUCAGGUUCAAAUGUCUCAUUAAUAAAUUCAAAAUUGUUGAAAAUAAAUAAUGAAAGACUAAUUAAUCCUAGAGGUACUAAUUUAAAAACUAUUAAUGGCCUUAAAAAAACAAAUGGAAUGGUCAAAUUAAGUAUAAAAAUUUUUGACGUAGAAAACACACACAAUUACACA